CGCGGUUAGUGCCGCGGUUGCUGCCCCUUCAUUUCCAUGGCGACCGAGGAGGUGGCGGCGGUGGUGGCGCGGCGGAAAGCUCUCUCCCUGUCCCGGCUCCGGGCCGCCCGUUCCCGCUACCAGAGCCUGCAGAUCUCCGACGAUGUGUUCGGGGAGUCGGGCGGCGACAGCAGUAGCGACGACAACCCGUUUUACAGCACCUCGGCCGGCAGCUCGCAGUCCGACUGGGGGGAGGAAGAGAUGGAAGAACCGGGGACCGGGGGGAGGAGGCCUGGGGAUGCGGGGCAUCCCACUCUGGAGCCGGGCGACAGAGAGGAGGCGGCGGGAUGGACGGAGAGGCUGAAGGACAUCGCGUUCCCUCCGUUCGCCGACUUGACGGGUCCUGUACAUCAGAUGCCACUAAAUGCAAGUGCAAUUGACUUCUUUCAGCUGUUUGUCCCUGAUAAUGUUAUAAGGAACAUGGUUGUUCAAACAAACAUGUAUGCCAAAAAGUACCAAGAAAGAUUUGGUUGUGAUGAAGGUUGGAGUGAUGUCAGUCUUCCAGAGAUGAAAACCUUUUUGGGAUAUAUGAUCUCCACUAGUGUUCACCAUUGUGAAUCUGUCCUCAGCAUAUGGAGUGGUGGGUUUUAUAGCAACAAGAGCAUUGCACUGAUGAUGACACAAGCCAGGUUUGAAAAGAUCCUGAAGUACUUCCAUAUUGUAGCAUUUCGUUCCAGCCAGACAACGCAUGGACUAUAUAAAAUCCAACCUUUUUUGGAUUGCCUACAAAUGACAUUUGAUACUGCAUUCAAGCCUUCUCAAACCCAGGUACUUCAUGAACCAUUAAUUGACGAAGACCCACUCUUCAUUGCCACAUGUACAGACCGGGAAUUACGCAAAAGGAAAAAGCGGAAGUUUAGUCUUUGGGUUAGGCAGUGUGCAGCAACAGGUUACAUCUGUCAGGUUUAUGUUAAUUUGAAGGAAGGAACAGCCUCGGAUGGGCUGGAUACUUUGAAGAACAGACCACAGCUCCACAGUCUUGUAGCAAAAAGCCUUUGUCAGAAUUUGGCUGGAAAAAACUACAUCAUAUAUACUGGCCCCAGCAUCACUAGCCUAAAUCUUUUUGAAGAGUUUGAGAAAAAAGGAAUUUAUUGUUGUGGACUUCUGAGUUCGAGGAAGAGUGACUGUACGGGACUGCCACAGUCGAUGCUAGUUAACCCUGAGAUUCCACAGAUUCGGGGCCAAUACAGGGUGAGAAUGAAAGGGAACGUGUCCCUAAUCAGCUGGUCCAACAAAGGACAGUUCUACUUUCUCACAAAUGCUUACUCUCCUUUUAAAGAAGGUGUCAUAAUUAGAAGAAAGAGUGGAGAGAUUCGCUGUCCUUUAGCAGUAGAGGCUUUUGCUGCUCACCUUGGCUAUAUCUGCAAAUAUGACGAUAAGUACAGCAAGUACUUUAUAUCUCACAAAGCUAACAAGACCUGGCAACAAGUGUUCUGGUUUGUCCUCAGUAUCGCUGUCAAUAACUCGUACAUCUUGUACAAGAUGUCAGAGGCAUAUCUCGUCAGGCGCUACACUCGAGUACAGUUUGGUGAAAGACUGGUCAAAGAGUUGCUCGGUAUUGAGGAAUAUCUCCCCUCGGAGUAAUAACACUGGCAGCACAAGUGCCAAGGUCAAAUUGUUGCACUGCAUCCACAGGGCUAAACCACAUCUCACACCCUUGUCCUAAACAUUAAAAAAAAAAUCUCACUGUCAAGCUUUUACUUGAAUUUUGCAGCAAGCACGCCGUUAACUCCCAGCUCUGCCACGGAGUAGCUAGGCCAACUGAUGGCUGAAGACCACACACCAUUUGCAUUGAAUCUGGAGACUGGUGCUGCCGGAAAAUCCAAAUGUAACUUACCUUUUGAUGUAAGUGCUGUUGCAGGCAAUUAAAGAUGAAUGGUGUUUAACUCGAACGUAACUGGAAUGAUAAAUUAGGGUCUUUAAAUUGUGGUCCAAACGUGGCUUUUUUCGUAUACUCGGAGAGGGAAAAUGCACAUUUUUUUAAUAUGCAAACUGCAAGUGUGGGGAAAUAACAAAACCAUCACAAGGAAUCUUGUAAUUUUCUUUUUAAAAAAGUAAGAACCUUAAUGAACAUUGUUGUUCAUAAUUUACACCUUCAUUAGAGUAUUGUGUUCCACAAUGUAUCACCUAAUAAUUCACCCCUCUCCCCCAUAGUGGAAUCUAACAGCCCUGUAUAGAUAUUUAUAAUGAAAGACUUAUUAUGCAUUCUGAAUGUUUACAUUGAACUAGCUAUUAAAUCAUGUUCAGAAUUCAGUCUGAGAUGUACUGCAUUUCGUGGACUGCACCAGACAUAAAUUAUGUUUAUUCACUGUUCUUUAUCACUGCAGAGGAUUAGAAGUUGUUGCUUAGAACACUAAAUCCCUUGAUCAUGUAUGUGGACGUAGGUUAAAUCAAAACUAUGCCCUUUGGGGUCAAAGUGCAGUUGCUUAGCUGAGCUGUUAGAUGCAGCAGGAUUAUGAUAGAUAAUGUGCCAUUGUUUGGAUACAGUGGAUGAGUUAGCUGGAGGAAACUGUUUCUUUAGAAGUGUCUUGCUAGCUAUACAACAGGAGGAACUGAUAGCUAUAGUGUCCGUACAUGAAUUGUAAUAAUCUUAAAGGAGGAUGAAGGGGUAUUGUGCAAUUCUAAAAUCUCUGGUUUGGAGACAGCAUGUAGAGUUACUGUCCGCUUUCAUGUGGGGUCCACGUUCUGUUUCUUAGUUGAUUUGCAUUCAAGCAAUGUGUGUCUCAAUAAAAGUGCCCUGUAUAUUACAAAAUGUUGUAUUUAAAAUAUAAAGUGUAUGUUACAAUUUACAAUAAAGUAAACCUGGA